AUGCUUGACAACACGCUUACUCAGCUGCCGAUGGUGAAUGUAAAUAGAGUUUACAUUCAUAAAGAUGAUGCUCCUCACAUGGCUGAUGGUGCUCAAGAUUUUGAUGAUGAGGACAUGCUUGCUAUUGAUGUUCCUGCUACUGGAACAUCUUCUGCUUCUCACUCUUCAUCCCAUCCUUCCAUGGAAGACAUGUUGUUUGAUAUUGUCGCCGCCGUCUAA